AUGGGGACUCAGUGUCAGCAAGGGUAUACGGAGUACGUGCAACAUCAUUUUAUGAAGUGGCUUGAUACAGAGCAAGUCAGUAGAAGAAUGCACUGUUGCAAGAAUCGGCGAGUAACGCAGUCUACUCUACGACGUGGGUCCAAUCAGGACAUUGCCGCGCCUUCUAGGCGGAGCAGACGCGUGGUAUCAUGGAAGAUCUGGCAUCGUCGACAUAUUUGGAGAGAAUGCCAAGGGGAUCGUGGCCUAAGGGGCACCCACACACUCCAUCCUGAUGAACGGGAAAGGCGUGCAGAAAAGAUCAUCUCCCCACGAGACCGUAUAGUAAUUAUAAUUUGA